AUGGCCGGUUACAAUGGGCGGCGGGCUCCAAAUUUCGCUCAAUAUCUCGAUGAUUUGAACCAAAUCCCAUCGCCAUAUGACCAGGCCUUGCAGCAGCAGCAGAACCAACAGAACUCCUUCAAUGUUGACCAGGAGUUGGCUAUCUUCACUAAUGCCGAAUUCUUCGACUUCGAUAACUUUGGCGACCUGAGCCUGCCUUCAUUCGAUACGGCGGAAGAGAAGCCUCCCUCUACUGAGUUGCCUGACCAAAUUCCGCCUCAAAAUGACAUGAAGUUUUUGGAUUUCCUUAAUGGUAACCUGGAUAACAUCACUGACUUCAAUACCGAUCUGAAUGCCGUGGCCUCUUCGCCAGUGCAGAUGCAAAAUGCUCCGUUCUCGGCAGUCCCUCCCGCUCCACCCAUGACCGCUGCCCAGACUGUGGCUCCAACCUCUGCUGCUCCAGUCAUCCCUGCUGUGGCUGCUCCUAAGCGCAAGAACACCCAGAAAUCUGCUCAGGCCAGUGCCGAGGACGCCGCCCGUAGCGCUGCCGAAGAAGAUAAGCGCCGACGCAACACUGCCGCCAGCGCUCGUUUCCGUGUCAAGAAGAAGAUGCGUGAGGCCGCCCUAGAGAAGAGCCUCAAAGAGACCAACGACAAGAACGGUGUUCUCGAGGCCCGUGUCUCUCAAUUGGAGCUCGAGAACCACUGGCUCCGUGGCCUUAUCAUGGAGAAGAACGGCAACGAAGAGCAAAACGAAGAAUCGGAGAAGGCUAUCUCUGAGAUGUUCAAGAACUUCCUCGCAUCUCGUGGUGAGACUUCAAGUCUUUCCGAAUCGAAGCGCGGCGUAGGCACCUCGGCUUAG